AUGCAUCCGGCGAGAAGAAGUGAGCGACUCAAAGCUACCAGUGAUCCUCCGGUCAAAUCAUCGGCUGCUUUCAAAUCUACUCCGGUUGGUUCAUCGAGUUCCCGGAAAAACUCCCGAAAACGCUUCCGUCGCCGCACUCGAUGUACUCCACCGCCGGAGCCUUCUGAACCAGAUGCGGUAUCACUCUCUGAGGGGAACUCCUCUGACAGCGACGCUGAACCCGUCGAGAACCCUGAUCCCGUGCAUGCAAGUGAAGAAAACGAGCCGCCUCUCGAAUUGAUCCCCAAAGAAGCUCGAUACGCCGUGAGUCGGGAUGCGUUUCAAGCUAGGGCCAGGGUGAAUCCGGAGCGACUCAGGCCAUCUAAGCGACCGUUCAAUCCACUUUUCUCAUCAAAAGCUGCUAAUGAACGAUUUCAUGCUUUGCAAUUGAGGACGUUUCUUGAGCAACAGAGUAUGCCGCUUGACAAUGAGGAUCUUCAAGAUGUCAAGGAAGUGGUUGUCAGGUCCGGUCUGAUCUACACUCUCACUGAUGUUGAUUCGUUCUUACCUAGCUUGAUCCGUGAGUUCAUUGCCAAUCUUGUGGAUGCUAAGAAGCGAGAUGGUGGAGUUGCUGUGUAUGUUCGUGGAUCACUUGUUGAUUUCUCUCCAAGUUGGCUUGAGGAAAAUAUUGAUGAUGUGUGUAGCUUUCUCUCUGAGGGUCGUGUCUUAAGAUGGGAAGACAUGAGUUCCAAGUUUCUCACUAAGCUGAAUCAAGUUCUCUACAAGCUGGUCUGCACAAACUGGAUACCCACUACUAGCUACACUGCAAUGAACCCUGAGCGUCUAAGGUUUGUGUACAUGCUUCAUCACCACAAGAGAUUCAACUUCGGUAAACUGGUGUACAAUCAAAUCAUCUCGAUGGCUGAAGGCAUUAAGACAGAGAAGACUCGUCGCAUCAUCUUCCCAACACUGAUUCAGUGUGUCCUGCCUCCAGAUGGAGGUGAUGAUGACUACAUUGGUUUCCCGAAACCAGUGGUUAAAGACAUAAAGGCCGGAAGAGGCAAUGGAACUGGUUCACAUCCUCCAAAUCUUGAAAAAGAUAUUGCUCGUACUAUCGCAAGCUUGAAAGCUGUUCAUUUGCGUCUUAAGAGUAAGAUAUUAUGGGGGUUGUGGGUAGAUUAUGUGAAAGCUGUUCACUUGGUUUUCAUUUGUUUUUAUCCCAUGUGGCUCUCUGCAGGGGGAGAUUAUGGAGAUUGGCAAGCUGAAGGAAGUGCAGCUGCGGGUGAUCAUCAGGACAUGGAGGAAGACGAACACUAA